AAUUUUUACCAGAACUUUGGAUAUCUCGAAAUUUAAUGUACACAUCAAUGUUGCCAAAAAACGGCUAAGCCUAAACGUUUUCUGGGUUUCAUACUUUCAUAGUUUCAUUCCCUCCACCUGUUUCUCUCUCUCCUACUCUUUCUUUCGACUCUUGCUAUGGCUGCCAGUAGCUUGAGUUUUUCAAACGCACAAAUCUUGAGCUCGAAGCUUAACCAUAAGAGCAGCUAUUGUAUGCCAUCCUUCCGAUGUGUUAUACAAGCAGGAAGCAGGCAGAAAUUAUGGAGACAUUCUGCUCUGGUAAUGUCACAAAGUUCACAUAGAGAAUCGAGUAUUUGCUGUGCACAAUCAUCAUCGGUCACGGAAAAUGAGCCAGCAGCUUUAGGAUUAGAAGUGAGAGAGGAGCAGAGGGGCUUUUCUGGUUCUGUUGUUAGCCAACUUAUUCCAAAUUCAGAUCAGGUGAACUUUCUGCUAACAGAAAUAUGUGAUACAACCUCAAUUGCAGAAUUUGAACUGAAACUUAAUGGCUUUCACCUCCAUGUGACGAGGGCCCUGUCUGCGGGUGUUGAGCCUCCUCCUCCACCACCUGAUUAUGUUUCUACGAGUGCAAACACAAUAGCAGAGACACCUUCUCUGAAUGGUCCAGUCUCACCAUCUUCACUAGCCAUCACCAAGGCAGGGCCUUUAGAGUUAACAUCUAGCACUUUGCUAGAGAGAGCUGCAGAUGAAGGAUUCGCAAUAAUUCAAUCGCCAAAAGUUGGGUUUUUCCGGAGAUCUCGAACCAUAAAAGGGAAGCGUGCACCUCCUGCUUGCAAAGAGAAGCAGGUAGUUAAGGAGGGACAAGUGAUCUGCUACAUUGAACAGCUCGGUGGCGAGAUACCAGUUGAGUCUGAUGUAUCUGGUGAAAUCACAAAGAUCCUAUGCAAGGAAGGCGAACCUGUGGGCUAUGGAGAUGCUAUAAUUGCAAUCCUCCCAUCGUUUCCUGGAAUAAAGAAGCUCUCGUAAGCUACCGUCUAGUGGUGGAAGAUUGGUGUACAGGAUACUGAAAGAUGCAAGGAGCAUUGAUGCUUCACAAAUCGGAACCUACCUUGCUUUGCUCCAAGAAACUGCUGCUUUUUUUCCUUCAAAUUUCAAUUGUUUAUUGGAUUUUCCAGUAGUAUUUCCUACCUCAUUUUGGUUGGGAUUGAAUAAUGUUGUUCAUCCUUUUCACCUUCUGUAAUUAUACUACACUUUUUUCACCAUGCUAGAAUGAAUUUUUUUUAGCCUUUUCAUUGGACAACAAAACGUACUUAACUCA